AAAAAUAUGAGCAUAUGUGCUGGAAAUCCAUUUAUAUAUUCUAAAUUAAAGGAGAUCUGUUUGCUUCAUAAAAAGAGACAGAUAAUCAGUAGCCUCUGUCUAAAAAUAGAAACCACGUUGUCUGUAUCUAUUGUCCACAGCUGUUUACUCUGUUGCUUUUUUUGUGAAGCAUGGGCUAUAAGAGGUGGUGUGUAUGAGCUCUGAACACAGCAGGGGUACAGUACAGCAGAGCAGACACAAUGGUUAGACAUACGUUCUCUAAUCUCGUACUUCUUUGGUCAAUUACCCAUGGCUUUUACGGACCUGGAGGGACUCAUCAUGCUUCAAAGAAUCAGUCCUGGAACAAUCAGAACCUCUCCUCUGUCCCCUUGGAUCUGGAUGUAAGGCUCCGAAGGCUCGACCUGUCAAAUAACUUCAUCACACAGUUACAUGCGUUUGCUCUGCCGUGCUUGGAGGAGCUUGACCUGAGCGGCAACCAGAUGGACCUUAUCUCCGAGGCGGCUUUUGGAAACCUGGCCCGGCUUGAACAUUUGAAUUUGUCCAGGAAUCGACUGAGCGUCAGCCUUGGCAGCAACAGCAAAGCUCUCAGAUCCCUCGGCGGACUCAGGAGCUUGGAUAUAUCAAUGAACGGCUUGAGCAAUGGCGCUGCUGAGCUAUUGCUGAGAAACAAGUCUUCCCUUGAUCAACUUAAGAUGACUGGUAAUGUUUUAAUAAAACUGUCGCCAAGCCUGUUUGGAGAGAGCAGAAGUAUAAGGAGUCUAAUUAUUGAGGAUAAUCUGAUAUCAGAAAUAGCACCGCAGACGUUUGAACCACUAAGCCGAUUAGAAUCUCUCAACUUGGCGAGAAACAAUCUUGCAUUUAUCUGUGAUUUUACGUUGCACCAGGUGAAAUAUCUGAAUCUGAGCAGAAAUUCAGUGGAGUUCUUUGUUACUCCAGAGGAUGCUGUGUUGUACAGUCUUGAAGUUCUUGACCUCAGUCACAACAAGCUGUUAUACUUCCCAGUUCUACCAAAAAUGAACCGACUAAAGUAUCUGCAUUUGCAGAACAAUUUGCUUGGUGCUCUGGAUUCGGAGGCUGUGAUGGUAACUGAAGUAAACUCUCUUUAUCAGGACGCUGUAAAUGAGACGACACUUCAAAAGAAUUAUUUUCAUGCAAACUGGAGGCUGAUGCCGCUGGUUUACAUUGACCUGAGCUUUAAUCGCUUUGCCUCUUUUCCUCUUGAAACGUUGAGCUUGCUUAACUCUUUAGAAACGCUCAAUUUUAGCCACAACUGUUUGCAAAACAUAAACUGGGAUGUUAGAAAUUAUAGUGACCCGAGGCAAGUUCGUCAGAUAAUUUUCCAUUCCUUAAAGCACCUCGACUUGCAGGGCAACGGCCUGACCCGUCUGCCCCUGCUCUUCCUCAAGGCGCUCACACAAAUCGAAACACUGAAUCUACAAGACAAUUCAUUGCAACCGUGUGGCAUGUUGAGUGGGUCUUUGCCAAAAGAUCGAAUAGAUUUUGAUCAUUUCUGCACUGCGUUUGGGAAGCUGAAGACUCUUAAACACCUCAAUCUUGGAGAAAAUAACAUAAAAAUACUUCCGCCAAACGCCUUUCAGGGGACCUCACUCGUUUCCUUAAAUCUUGCCAGAAACCUCCACAUGCUGAUACAUGAGAUGGCACUGGAAGGUGUGCAAACGACUUUACAGUCCCUGAUAGUCAGUGGGAUAAACAUAAACAGCUCAGGUCUGUCUUUACCCUGCAUGCCUGCACUGACUGAGAUCAACAUAUCAAACAACAAACUUAAUGCAACACCCAGCAGCUUAGGGUGCUCUCCUCUUAAAGUAAUCGAUGUGAGAAACAAUGACUUUACGACUCUAAACUAUUCUUUGGUUGAGGUUGUAUCCACAAAUCUGACUACAGUGUAUAUUAGCGGCAACCGUUUCAACUGCUGUGACAGCAGAUGGUUGACAGUCUUGAAUGACAUGAGGGUUGAGCUGCCUGACAUUAGCCAGGCCGAAUGCUUUACGCAAGUGAGGAACUUGACGAUGUCAGAAUACCUAAAAAGUCCUUUGUUUUACUGUUCCUUUGAAAGAGAUGGGCAGGGAGUUCGUUUUGGAGGAAUGGUCAUAACAUUGUUAUUUGUGACUGUAUUAUCAUUAGUGCUCAUUUUUUUUGGCAGGAAGCUUUGUUGCACUCCAAAAUCUUCUGUGGUGUGACAUUUACAAAGUCUGCACCGUGUAAAGCUCCAGCUAAAUGUUUAAAUGCUGCUCUUUUUACCACGUGGAAUGAUGAUGGAACAUCCCUGAAAUUGUUUGUUGUUGCUUAUAUAAGUAGGUAUGGUUUUUAGUUUUAAUCAAAGUUUAAAAUGACAGUAAUGUCUUUGAUGAGUGCAUGUUAACCUCUGGCCAGAACUUUACGGUUAAAGUCGGCAAUCAACACUCAAAGGCAAACUGGACAACAUAUCAGCUUUCCUGAUAACUCCUGGGAGUUUCACUUUGCUUGACUCAGAAAAGUGUCUGCGAAAACAAUUGUCUUCUUUUGACCUAAAGGAAGCAAAAUUUCCUGUAUAAGUUGGCACAUGUGAAGCUUUCUGCACAUCUUUACAAAACAUGUCACUUCACAUCACAAACUCAGUGCAAAAGUUGUGAUUUGAAUCAACACCAAGGCUCCCAAGUUGUAUUGACUACAGAGGGACAGAUCCGCUGCCCGAACUUUGUGAAACAUUUGUUAGCAUAUCAAACUGCAGCUUGAGCUGAAAUACUUUGGAUAUGAAGCCUUCCACAAGAUUCCCAGAAUAAAGAACGGAGAAAUCCAAGCAAGAAUCAUCAAAAGUAACACUCUCAGCAUGAACCCCUGAGAAAAUGAUAUACGGUUCUCUUCAAACAUCAAACAUCAAUCUGAGUUUUGUAACAGACGUGGAUUUAACCCUGGAAGAUGUCAUUCUGCAUCAGUCUUGCUGCACUUAAUAAAUAUGCUAUACUUAAUUACCACAAUAUGUUGGCAGUCUUUAUUUAAGAGUCUGAAUCUUCUGCUUUAAUACCUACAGAUAAAUCAUACGAAGUUGGAAGUGGAUCAGUUUCCCUUUCUGUGAAUUUCAGCUUCUAUUUUGUUGUUUUUGUUUUUUUUAGCCCAGCAGAUGUUCUUCCUGUGAACCAUAAAAUACAGUAGCGUUAAAAAAAAGAACAGUUGUGUUCAAACGCAAAGCUUUUGUGCACUAAAAUAAAUACAACAUAAUAAAUUACUUUAAAAAAUAGUUUCCACCUUUUAUAUGGCUUAU